GUACAUUAUGCUGUGAUACGUUUUGUUUGAACAUUUCUAAAAAUGAUUAUAACUUUUCAAUGAUAAUUGCAGACUUCAAAUGACGAUAAGCAUUAUGGAAACAUUAUUACCUUCGGAAAUAGCUAGAUUAGUUUUUGGGUACCUUGAAAGUCAAACAUGUAUGGAAGCUGCUAAAGUAUUUUUAGAGACUUCUCCGCAUUUACAAGAGUGCCGUACUGUAAUUUCAAAUGGAAAACGAUUCAGUGCUAAAGUUAAUGGAAUGACCUUAAUAGAUGUCAUUGACAAAUUUUUUGCUAUUAAUUCAACUGUUCAUGAAUACCUUAGCAAUAUAGCUAAUCACGAGCAGUCAAAGCACUGUGAAGACUUAAUCCAACAGUUGAAAUUUCUUAUUGGAGAAUCUUGGGGUCAAGAUUUUAGUGCUAACAAAGUUAAUGUUCUUUCACAGACUAAUUCUCAAAUAGGCAAUGGCUCUCCCAUAAUAUCUAGUAGUAGUACACGUAAAAGACGUUAUAGUAAUAAUGAACGCGAGCGAUGUAAACGUACAAAAGUAACAUUAAACGCAUCACAACAACCUGACUCACCCUCUGCUCAAGGUACAUCAAAAGCAUAUAAUUUCGAUAAUGUAGAAGCAACUCCAUUGGAAAGUUUACCAGGUCAUAUGGAUAUAUUAGAAUUACCAAAAUCUAUCACUAAUAUCAAAGAGAAGAAAUAUAAUAACUGUAUACAACAACAUGAAGGCGGCGAUAUAAACAUUCAGAACAUACAAGAUAUUGUCACAAGUAAUGCAUGUACAGAAAACGAUAUGAAAGAUUUGCACAUGCUUGAUAAGUGUAGCGCGGCGACAAGUACGGAAGAAUUAUUGAGCUACUCGUGCGCAGAAGUUCAAACUAUCCCAUACGAUACAUUGGAAUCUGAAUCAGAAAGUAAUGAUGAACCAAUAGAAAAUCUUAGUUUAUUAACGAAAGAGCUGUUAAACCGUAUCGAGUUACAAGAGCGAAUUGCUGAGAAUAUAAAUAAAGCAAUACUUCCAACAGAUGUGUCAUUGAAAGAUGAAAAUUUAAAUGAUCCUCUAAAUGGUGAAGCAAACACCUCUAUUAUGGCAGAACUAAAUAACACGAUUAAAUCAAUAGUUGAAGCAACAGAGACUGAUCCUGUGUUUGAAAAGUUUCUUGAAGAAAUCAUCGGGCCUCACACAGAAACUGAUGCAAGUCAUGAUGAAGAUACCGAAGCUAAACAAAAAGCAAAGUUCCUUGAUGGCUCACAAGAUAAACAAAGUGAAGUGAUUGUAAACAACAAUAAUCCAUUAGAAUCUAUAAUAUUAGAUGUCAAAUCGUCCACAGAAUUAGAUGGAACAGUAAAUACAGAUAUUCCAUUAAAGCACAGACUUCGUAGUUCUUCUAGACAACAAAAUAUUCGUAAUGAAGACGAACAACGUGACCAAGAGAAAGAAUAUAAUAUGUUGGAAGAUCAAAACGCCGCUGCAGUAUUAAGUAUAAUAAACGCAAAUAUCGUUAACGACAAAUCGGCAAACGAUAAAAGAACGAAAGAAAUUGUAUGUACAUUAGACAAUAAUAGCGAAAAAGAAUUGCCAACAUUUCAAAUUCCUCUUGAUAAAGAUACAGGGCAAAUUGGAAAAUUAACAACUGACGCUACUCAAAAAGAUGGUAGUAACGUUGUUACAACGAUUCAAGGUGAUAAUAUGGAGUCAAAGAUUAAAAGAUCGUCGGUAAAACGGUUACGACAUACGAAGCUUAAAGAACAGAAACCAAAAGGUAGCAUAAAUAAUUAUACAUCUGAACAAAACGUAAUAACAAUGCCAACAUUAGUACUAUGUUCGAAAGAAGAAAUAAAUAAUAUGUUAUCGGUAAAUUCUUACCCGCUGACUCGUCCAAUAACAUCUACUACAAAUUCGAGGUUCAUUCCUAUUGUUCCCAAAGGACCGAUAAUCAAUAAAACGAAUAAAGAUUUCGUGGAAACAUUAUAUCUAACAACCGUAAAUGUCGCUCAAAAAGUAACAUCACCACUCUGUGGUACGUCAAACGAUUUAAAAAACUGUAUUUCUUGUGCAAUAACAAUGACCGCUAUAACAACUACGACGACAAUAACAACAACAACGAAGUCGACGAUGACGACAACGGCAACGACUACGGCAACGACCACGACCACGACCGCGAAAGUACACACAUCUCAAAAAGAAGAUAAUAACAAAAUAAACAAUAAUAAAGAGAAAAACAGAACCACACAUAAUAUUAAUAAUUUUAUUGGCAAUUCAAUUACUAAUCCCAUAGUGUCCAAUACCGUCAAAUCAGUUGCUGGAGAAUCAAUAACCCUGUAUAGCAAUGAAACUAGCACCAAAACAUUACUAGAUAGUUCAAGCAUGCCUAUGAUAAAUAUAGAAGAUAACAUUAGCUUAUCCACUUCUGGAUUAUCUCCAUACAUAAAAUUCAAUUGGAAUAAGAGCAAUCAAAACUUAUCAGAUAUUGACUUGACAUCUGUCAUUCAGGAUGCAAAAGUUGUUGCUCCGUUAAAAACGAACAAUAUCGUUAAUGAUCACCAUCUUUCAGCUUCAAAAAAUACCGAUUGUGAUAUCAUUGAUAAACGUACUCCGAGGUCGUUGAUGAGGAGUAGAUCGAAAAAUUAUAGAUUAAGUUUAUCAACACCAAGAAGAAGAAACAGUCAUAUAAGAGCUCUUGAUUUUAACACGCCGAUGAAGACAACUGUAUCCGAUAAAAUGGUCAAUGAAAACAAAGGGAGGCGUUUUUCUUCGGAAUCCGCAAAACUCGUUACAUCUUUAUGUAGAACUACUCUUUACAAAUCGUCACCGCUUUCUAAUACUACCACAUCUACUCAUAAAACUAAGACUCCAUUAAAACAUUGCCAACUUCCGAUAGCGACGAGAAGUCCAGUACCAAAGCUUAUGGGCGAAUGGGAGAAAUAUAACGGACUUGGGAUAAUUAUAGGCGAUGUCCCUCCAUGUUCAAAUAUCAACGUUUCUUCGGAAAAUAAACUUGUCAAGAUCCAAUCCAAGUCGCUGGAACUUACGAAAGGUACAUGGGAUGCAGAUUUACGGAAAGCUCUACACAUUGGUAUAGACGAGGAUCACCAAGGAACGAAGAUAUCCACAAGUAACAAGAGAACGAAUUCUACAAAGACUGCUAAAUCAAAUAUUGUUCUCUCACCGACAAAGAAGGGCAAGCGCAAUUUACGCACAUCGAAAGGAAAAAGUAAAAAUAUUUUGCCAAAGGAAAAUAACGUUGUGCAAGAUGCAAAAAACGAAUGUACCAUGGGAAAAUGGAAUGUAAUGGAAUCAUCGAGCAUAAAAAGCAUAGAUCGUAACGCAUCCGAACCAAAGGAAAACUUUCUAGAUUCUGGGAUUAACAAUACUCUGGAAGCAAAUUUUUCUAACGUGAAACCAGCAGUAAAUAAAAGUAAGCUUGUUGUUGAACAGAAGAAUGCUCAGCAUCAAUUAUUAGCAAAGAGUAAUCAUUUACAUGAAAAUGCAACGAUAACAACAACAACCAAUAACUUAUCAUUCGAAAGGAAAAAUAUGAAAAAGUAUGCUCAAUUGAAAACGUUGAAGACCAAUUUAAAUAAAUACAAUCAAAUUGAGAGGAAACCAUAUUUAGAGAACGAUAUCGUUUCCGUAGACAUCACACGGCAUUCAGAACUUGCAACAGCUUCUGUCGAUAUUACACAGCAAUUAGUACAAAUACCUAAUAUGAUCGAUCACGAAACACCGAAAAAAUUUGAAAAUCCUUCUAGUGUUCCACCAACACCAAGAUUGCUCAGUCCAAGCAGCAAUGCAACGCCGUUUGUUAAAUUUAGCGAAGAUUCUAGUAAAAUACGUUCUUUCAUAAAUACACCAGAAUUUCCAAAAACACCUUGCAUUGCAUUGACUCCAAAAAUCUCGGAAGAAACUACCACAGACAAUAUAAAAAAAGAAACAUUUGAUAUUUGUUCUCCGUAUUAUAAACCAACUUCUGAGCAAAAUCAACAUGAAAAACAAACAAAACCGGAUAAUAAUAUCGAAAAAUCAUCCGUAGUACCAUUACAAUGUACAAACCAAUCUAUAUCGAAAAACAUUAUCAAUUCUACGAACACGUAUCAAGCUUGUGUAUCUACGAAAUUAGAAAUAACACAGUUCGAAGUAAUCAAAGAGAAUUUGCCGAAAGAAGAAGCAAUAAAAGAACUUAAAAUAUCAGCUAAUUCAAGAGAUUCGACUUAUUAUACGAAAACUGAUUGUAUCGAGAAUGGUGUUACUCAACAACAUAACGUGAAUAAAGAUAUGUAUGAAAAAAUGAAUGUCGAUAAUGAAAAAUAUUUGCCGAAUAGCGAAGAAUCGUAUGAUAGCGAUGCAUCGAUAUCAUCUUCCUCUUCAUCCCGAUCCUCGUCAACAUCGUCGUCGUCGUCGUCUUCGUCGUCGUCGUCAUCGUCUUCAUCGUCGUCAUCAUCAUCAUCGUCGUCGUCACCACCAUCGUCACCACCAUCAUCACCAUCAUCGUCACCAUCAUCAACUAUUUUAACUAGUUUAAAAACUUUUAAUAAAAAAAGCAAAAAUAUUACAAAUCAAGUUUGUAUCAAUACAAACAGCGAUUCGACACACAAAAUUAAAAAUGUUAUAGAAACAAUAAACGAAGAAAGAACUGAAUGUCCAACAAUUUCAGAAAAUAAUACUCUAGGAUUAAAAAUGAAACCAACCAAUGCAGAAGAGGCAAUUAUUACUUUAAGAAAAUGUGAAUCUUCACCCUCAAAAGUGUUUUCAAUAUUAAAGAAUGAAGAGGAUUGUAAAACUAAUACGAAAGAAACACCUGCCAAAGAUGAAACUUUGAAUGAAGUAGAUAUUUCUGAGACUCCUAAUAGUUCAAAGAUCGGUAUAGAGAAUCUAACUAAUCUGUCUUCGAAAAUUUCCGCAUUAAUAACUUCGGGAGAUCGAAAGUUGUCCAAAUCGAAUCAACGUUUAAUUAUGGAAAAUUCUACAAAUAAAAGAUUUAAACAGAAGCCCAAAGUGAUCAAUAUACAACAUUUAAGAUCGAAUUCUUUGGUUACUUUUAAACCAACUAAAUCCAUAAAACAUUCUUCCAUGGAAAAAAGGCAAAGAUCUCUAACUAUAGAUAAAAAGUUAGUUGUCCAAUUGGAGGCAAAAAGACAACGUAUGAUAGCAAAAUUUCGUGAAAUACCUAAAGCUAAUCUUACCCGAGAUAAAAGCCAGCAAGGUCGAAUCAUUUUUCGGGGUAAAAAUAAUAUUAGUUUAAAGAAAAAAAACAAUCAGCACAAAUAUAGUCAGAAGAGUGAGAAUAAAUUCAGUGAGAUGAAAAGAAAGAAGAAAAGAAAAAAGUGGAUGGAAGAAUCAAAUCAUUCUAAUAAUAACCAAAAUAAUAAAAGUAAUAAUAAUAAUAAUAGCAACAACAACAGUAAUAACAACAAAUCUAGUAAUGGCAGUGACAAUAAUUGUGACGACACUGAUAAUAAUAAUAUCAAUAACUACGAUGCUAGUAAUGCUAGCAUUAGUAGCAGCAAUAAUAAACAUAAUAAUAAUAAUAGUAAUAGUAAUAAUAAUAACGAUGACAAAUGCACAAAGCAUUUAUCCAUUGAUGGUGCAUCAGAAAGUAAACUAUAUAGCUUGGAAGAUUCAGAAGAAAAAGAUAAUAACAAUAAGCAUGUACAAAAUGAUGAUUUAGCACUCGAAAAUGACACCAAAAAAAUCAUCGAAAUAGCGGUUGAUAACAUUAUGAGUGACGUUGAAGUUAAUGUAUAUCAACAAGCAAAUGCGCUUAAAAUGGAAAAUCAAACUUAUAACUCGAGAAUUACGGAAAACAGAGGAAUAGUAGAAUUAGAUGUGACAGAGAAUCCAGAAAUGCAAAAUGAGAUUGACACGGAAAUUGAAAAAGGCGACAGUAAUACCAUUAAUAAAGUUAUUUUACGUGGGAAUGAAUGCAGUGGUACAAAAAACAACUGCAGUUAUAAUGGAGAAAAUACAUGUAAGUUAAGGGAAUACCCGAAUUAUAAUAGUGGUAAAACAACAAGUACUUUAUUAAAAUCAAAAGUUGAUCAAGUAAAGCGAGAUUUGUUUAGUGACGAGGAACAAGUAUUUAGGAGGGAAGAGAUAUCAAAUGCUAUCGAAUAUUCAAUUAAUCAAAAGAAUAAUAAUGUUCCUCCUAUUGAAAUACACGAUACUGUUAGAAGUACAAUCACAGAAAAUACCAACUCGGAAAAUCCAAAAAGUUUAUCGCGCGUUCUUCAGUGUUUGCAGCUCGUUCCCACGUAUAAGCACGAGCAUAUGGUCGAAUCUCAAUGUAUGAAAUAUAAUCGUAAAAUGGAUCUUAAUGUAACUAUUCCUAACUCGGUAGAAUAUCAUUUCCUAUAUGACGAUAAUGCAUCUUCCAAAAAAAGAAGGCGUAGGCAUAGCAAUCAUGAAUUAGAAUUCCAAAUUAAUAUUGUCUUGAACGAUAAAAAUUGCGAUGAAACAAUUAAAGUAAUGACUGCCACUGACUAUGAAGAGAUAUUUAAUUUGCCGCCAAAGACUAAAAAAAGAUUAGGAAGCAAGAAAUCACCAAUUAAGCAUGAAAAUAAUUGUGAAACACUGAACAACCCGUUUAUCGAUACUUCAACCAAAAAGGGAAUGCACGUGAAACCUUUAGCAACUUCGUCUCCUUUGGACGAAUCAUUUGUGUGCACAAAAAAUUGUGUAAAAAAAGUCGCUAUUAAUACUGCUACUGUCAUGAAUGAAAGAAAUAACAAGAUACUGCACAAUAGUAAAAAACGGUUGAACGUAAACGGAAUUCGAGGAGUUAAUAAAGCCAACACUGCUGCAAAGAUUUCAAAAAGGAAGGUUUCAGAUUUGAAAGAAAGCAAACAGACUGAGAAACAGCAAUGCACAACAGAUCCACAAACAUUAUUGAAUAAUUUAGAUCUGGAUAAGUUUUUAACUUCAGUCCAUGGGCCAGCAUGAACAAUAAUUAAGUAUUUUAACUUUUUAAAAUUGUACAGAAACAUGAAACAUCAUACGUGUGUGUAUAUGUAUGUGAGCAAGCAAGCGCUCGCGCGUGUGUGUGUAUGCUGUACAACAUAAAUAUUCGGUAUAUUUUUAUUAUUAUUUAAUUUCCUGAGAAACUAUAAUAAUAUUAUAGUUGUAUUAUAUAAAAGUUAAUCUUGUGAAUAGAAGAUAAAAGUAGUGAUAAGUUUUUAAAUUGUUUUGACAUAUGCAUAAGAUG